GUUGUCACAUCCUAACAUUCCCCACCCCCGACCAGGUGGCUGUGGUGGUGUUUGACAGCACUCUGGUGGAGCCCCGUCUCCUCUGUUAGGAUUAAGCGAGUAAACGGAGGAACGCUGGUGGAGCGGUAACACCAGGAGUAAUGAUGAGGACAGAAGUCGCUGUUUAAGGGCCGAAAGCCCUCAGAGUCAGAUUAGCGGAAGCAGUUUGCUGUUACAAGCUAACACCAAGCUAGCCCAGCUGGUUAGGUUAGCCGGGGACAAUUUGGGGGAAAUUCUUGGAUAAUUACAAACUUAACCAGUUGUCUAGGCAUUUAUUUAAUCAUAUGAUAUCACAACGCUAGUCGCUUUGCCAAAAAUGUCCACGACUUUGGAUAAAGAAUUACAGGAGCGCCUGAGAGAAGCCUCAGCCAUCGGAGAUAUCGACGAAGUGCGGUCACUGGUGGAGAGUGGAGUCAAUGUAAACUCUCAGAACGAAAUCAACGGAUGGACUUGCUUGCACUGGGCUUGUAAGAGGAACCAUAAGCACAUAGUGUCCUACUUACUCAGCUGUGGGGCGGAUAAAGAAAUCCUCACCGCUAAGGACGAGCUGGCCUCACAGUUAACUUCCAAACCAGAGAUUAAGCAACUCUUAGGAGUUGAGGUGGAAGAAGUGCCUGAAGUCAAGGAGCCUGAGUUGCCAAUCAUCCCAAAUUAUCUGUCCAACCCGCCCUUCAUGUAUUCCAAGAUGGACAACAAGUCUGAGAUCAUCCAGAGUCAUGCACAGAACGGCUCUAGAGAAUACAGCGAAGACACUCAGAGUGAUUCAGCUUCCCUUUCCUCAACAGAUGAGCUUCAGAGGUCCCAGAGUAUGGUCUCUGGUGUCUCCACUCCACCAAAUCCUACUGUUAACCACGGUCAACCCCCAGCUAGUGAACUUAUUCCCGAUUCUGAACAAAAUGGUGUGUCCUCGUCUCACAGUCAUGCUGUUGUUAAUCGCACCGUGCCUAUAGACCUGUCAGUGGAGCCUCAUCUGAUCGGUCAUGCUGAUUACCCCCAUGUUGUGGCACACAACGGUACCGUGAAUUCCCCUUCGUUGGCUGCAGCAUGUCCAGGACUGGCUAGUAGCAGCAGCCAGGUUCAGGCCCCGGUGGCCAGCACUAACCCCACCAUGAGCAGGCAGCAGUCCAUUCCACAUCAGCUGAGCUACAGCCAGGGCAAUGCACCCAUGCCGGCCUUUCAGCCCUUCUUCUUCACCAGCACCUUCCCUGUCAACGUUCAAGAGUUGGUGCUGAAGGUUCGAAUCCAGAACCCAAACGCCCGAGAGAACGACUUCAUCGAGGUGGAGCUGGACCGUCAGGAGCUCACCUACCGCGCCCUCUUGAGAGUCUGCUGCCGCGAGCUGGACAUCAGCGCUGAACAUGUGGAGAAGAUCCGCAAGCUGCCGAACACCUUGUUGAGAACGGACAAGGACGUGGCUCGGCUGCAGGACUUCCAGGAGCUGGAGGUGGUGCUGGAGAAAGCCGAGGGUCUGUCCCUGUUCUCCGGGUCGGGGGGUCUGACGGACAGACCCUGCUACAACAUGAAGGCCUCCCGCCUCACCUACUAGCUUAACACAAACCAGGAGGUCUCUCUGGUUCUGACGGGCUUUUGUAGCUGCUGUGCUAAAGCAGCUGGACACAGUUCUCCGCCUGGUUCCUUGUUACAGCUCUGCUCAGCUUCGGUGUUGCACCAGUGAUCCUGCUGGGAUUUACUUCUCUACUCCACUGUAGCUUCUGUCCUCCUGUACUCUUGGCCCUCCUGCUGCUGCUGCUUUAGUGUAACCAAAUGGUUCCAAGUGUUCGCUGAUGCAUGGUGUCCUCGGUUUUGUGCAACACCCCCCCCCCUUGGUUCCCUUUCCCACCGCACUUUGUGCCAAGGCUCAAGUGGGUCAGCAGAGGGGGACAUGGGCUUGUCUUCCUAAUGGGCUGGACUUUGCAGUCUCCUCACAAGGACAUGUUGUGGCUGUGGACAUUAAGGAAGAGACGGGUUAACUUUAGUUUUACUGAUGAAGACUUUUUGGAGGGAAGUGGACCAAACUGCUUCUUGGGUUUCUAACAAUCACCUACAGAUAUUCUCACUAGCGUACACACUUUUAUACCUUCUCAUGGCAUAAACUAGUGUCUUUUCUUGUGGAGGAUAUCUGCCUGAAUCCUACGGUGAGAUAGGAUUUGGGUAUCUGGACUAAAAGUGCUUUUAUUGGCCGGAUAUAUUAAAACAAUGCUUUAAAUCCCCUCAUGGAUGGAGGUGAUAACAAAAGGGUUUCUGCAUCUUUAAGGCAUAUUUUGGACAUUUUGAAGUGUGUUCCUGUGUUAAAGUCAUAACUAAUGUCUUACCUGCUUCUGAAAGGCAUCUGUUUACCUCCCACAGCUGUCGUUAGCAGCAGCUAAAGCGUUUCCAGAAUGCCCCGGUUGUUCACGAGAAAGUCUUCUCUGACCUAACAAGGUUACGUUGGUAGGAAUACUAGGACCUGACCCCUGGAUGCUGCUGACACUACUUUUAUCUGCUGCUGUUGAUGUUUAUGCAUGUAAAUAACAAUGUAGUGGAUUACAGAAUGAUAGAACAUCAGCCACGGCAGCAUGGCCGCUGCUUCAUUAGUCCUAAAGGAGGUAAAAGCUGUUUCUCUGAACAGAGGCCUUUCAGGAAGCCAUCCACACAAACACUUCAGAAUAGCUGGAAUAUCCCUUUAAACCCUUCAGCCCGACACUGUGGAAAAGGAAAACGACUCCUUUGUUCAUUUUGCUUUAAUGUCAGAUGAAAGUUAAACUUUUCACAACACAAUCCAGAUGUUUUCUGCUCCGAUGCAUCGGCCUGCUGUUUAAAGGUGAGCUGGUACGGUUUGUUUAACCCGGAUUAGGAGCCAGACCAAAACCUGAAUCUAGCCAGCAACAACGCUAAGGUCGGUAAAACCUUCUCUGCUUCAGACAGAAUGUAGCGUUCCUCUAGUUUGUUCUCAUGGAGCCUCUCGGAAAAGUUGUUUCUGUUGUUUUGCACUUUAUGUUGCCGUGUCUUAGAUGAAGACGAUGUUUGGGUUCGUAUUUAGUGCCAGUCUAAUUUACAUUUUAUUCCUUUUUAAAGCUUCGUGUUUUCUAAUUGUAGGCUAGCCGGGAAAGCUUUCCCAGACUGUACUGGCACGAUGACAUAAACACUAACAAGACCACAAAUAAACAUCUGGAUCUGGGCACGUUGGAUCAGACAGCACAAGUUUCUGCUGCCUUUUCUUUGUUUUUGAAGCUUAUUUUAAACGGUGCCGUUCUUUAAACAUGUCCUACAAUCAGCAGCAGUGCUCACUGCUCAGAUGGAUACCAGAAGCUCUUAAUGGUUUCUAUGUUUUUGAUGCAUUUUUUAUCAUUUGUGUAAAGUUUUUAACCAGGUAGGCCUGUUGUGUUUGUGUCAAAAGGCUCGAAUUGAAGUGCAAUGCAAUGAUGGAGAGUGUUUCAGUGCUGAUCGAACCUUGCAUGCUCCCAGCUCAGACGGGAAGUGUGAAAAGAUGGAGAGGAAAGCCAGUUUGGUGCCCAGGUUGAAUGGGAGCUUUGUUUAUCUGACAGGAUGUUUGUGUUCUGAAAAAACAACAUGAUGGCGUUAAGACGAACCUAUGCAUCCAGAGUCUAAUAUUUUUAUAUGCAGUAGCUGCUGUAAACGUGUAGGGAGGAUUUUAGACUCUGUAACAGUUGUGUUUAUUGUUCUGGAGCGAUGUUCAUGGAUAAAGCAUGGCAAAUCA